AAAGGUUCCAACCAAAUGGAUUACCGUGGUAUAAGUGGUGGGGACGUCGAACCCAACGUGCCCGUUUAUCCACUCGCCUCACAUCAGUCGACCGUCCGUACUCAGCUGUGCUCUCGUAAAAAUAAACACGCGUCUCGUUUUGAUCCGUUUCACGGCAGUUUCGUGGGGUUGUCAUGCCGUUUGGACCUUUCCCGACUGAUUUUUGACAUUGGUUGUGAUUGUGUUUGGAUGUGGAAAGAGGACAAGUGGGACAAUGAGGGCGGUAAGGUGAUGAAGAUGGGCUGCGGACGCAGACGGCUGGUGCAGACGUGCAUCGCUGGUGUUCUGGCUGUGUAUACGACCGUGUUCCUGUACCAGGCGUUGUCGCGUGGUCGGAUCGCGAUCGGAACGCGCCAACAGAAUAAUGUUGUGAUUCAAGAGAAGCGCCACAUCGACAGAAAUUUGGCCCAAGAAACGGGUUUCACUAGCGAAAUUUCCUCGGCCACAGCAACCACGAAACCGCCCUCCACCACUUUAAACGACGUUUUCAUCUCGGUGAAAACUACCAAGUAUUAUCACGCGCAUCGUCUGCCGAUCAUUUUGAAAACUUGGUUCCAACUCGCUAAGAAUCAGACGUGGUUUUUCACCGAUUCGGAUGAUCCAGAGUUUCAACAAAAAACACACGGUCGCAUGAUCAACACCAAAUGUUCCUCAUCUCACAACAGAAAGGCACUUUGUUGUAAAAUGUCGGUGGAAUUCGACACCUUUAUAGAUACGGAUAAGAAAUGGUUUUGUCAUUUCGACGACGACAAUUACGUCAACGUUCCCCGGCUGGUGCAGUUUUUGGCUGACUACAAUCCACGCGAGGACUGGUACUUGGGCAAGCCCAGCAUUCAGGCGCCUUUAGAAAUCAUCAACAAAGACAAAACAUCGCAAAAGGUCAAGUUCUGGUUCGCCACCGGAGGGGCAGGAUUCUGCCUGAGUCGGGCCCUGGCACUGAAAAUGGUCCCGCUCGCCAGUGGAGGAAAAUUCAUCAGCAUUGGUGAAAAAAUCAGAUUGCCAGACGAUGUUACCAUGGGUUACAUUAUUGAGCACCUGCUGAGGAAACCUUUGACUGUCGUUGACCAUUUUCACUCUCACCUCGAACCUAUGAAGUUUAUUCGUAGGGAUAUGUUGCAGGAUCAAAUUUCGUUCAGUUAUUCCAAAAAUAAGGAGGAAUGGAACGUGGUGAAGGUGGAGGGAUUCGACGUGAAAUACGAUCCGAAAAGGUUUUUGUCGCUGCACUGCCACUUGUUUCCACGCUUCAAUUUCUGUCCGAGGUGAAUUUCUACGUUUUAUGUUUUUUUUGCAAUUGAAUCAAACAAUUACCGACUGUGAUCUUGUAAAUAGUAUUGUUUAACGUACUGGUAAUUUCGUUCUAACUAGUCCCGAAAUGAAAUUAAUCCGUAUAUUUAUUUGUGCAAUGCAGAAUUUUUUCUCUUCAAUGGCAGCGUUAAUGGUAUUUAGGUUUAAUUUAAUUUUAACAACCGAGAAUUUAAACAUAUUGAUUUUGUUAAGUGGGAAACGUAUUUUUUGUAAUUUUUUUAUGUGAUAAAAACGCAAUGUGUGUUUGUAAAAUACAUAUUAAAAAGACAAGUAUUUUAAGUGCACGUUACAAUAUCGACCAUAGUUUAAGGAAUAUUCACUUGAUUGUUAUAAUUUUAAAGACACUCUUGAAUGGAUAUUAUUGCUCAAUAGUAUGUAUCUAUAGUUAUAUAAAUUGUAUUUAUCACAGAGCAACUGUUAAGCUAUUUUAUAUUUUUUUGAAAAUAAAUCGUUGAAUAUUA